AUGGGCCCUGCCGAUACUGAUGUCAAGCAAGAGGACGGAACCGAGAAGGGAAGUUUGAUUUUCACCACCCGCAGCCGAAUCCGCCGACGACACGAUGCUGCCCGUGCCAGGGUGGAUGCAAAAGUGUUGGAUUGGUAUAAGAGAUACGUGAUCGAAGGAAUACUUCGACAGAAACCACUCAAACCCUCCAAAGAUGGUCGCCAUGUGCCGUUACGGAUCGGAGCUGACGCGCCGCUGGUCGAUGAGCGUCGGGAUGGUCACUUCAUCUCAAACACGAUUCGGACCUCUCGGUACAAUGUCUACAACUUCCUUCCCAAGCAGCUGCUAUUUCAAUUCACGAGACUGGCAAACUUUUACUUCCUGUGUGUCGGAAUACCGCAAACUAUCCCCGGCUUAAGUACUACGGGCAGCUACACGACAAUUCUCCCGUUGCUAUUCUUCGUGGCCUUGACUGUAUUCAAGGAAGGUUACGACGACUACAAGAGGCACAGACUGGACAAGAUUGAAAAUGCCAACAUCACGACUGUGCUGGGCAAGCCACGUCCACCAGCGACAUUGCGCCCAGCAUCACGCUCUUGGUUUCACUGGCGUCGCGCCGCGCGCACACCGGCAACUGACAAUUCCGAAACGGUGGAACAGGAGGGACAAGAUCAGUUCAACGAGUUCGAAGACCAUGACCUUCAGUGGAAUAAGGUGCAUUGGCGAGAUGUCAAAGUAGGAGACGUUGUGAAGCUGUGCCGAGACGAUGAAGUGCCGGCUGAUGUCGUGCUCCUAAGAUCUACUGGAGAGAAUGGCAUCGCCUAUGUAGACACUAUGGCGCUCGACGGAGAAACAAAUCUGAAGAGCAAGGAGUCACUCUCCGCGUUCAAGGACUGUGGUUCCAUUCAGGCAUUGCACGACGUCGAGGCUGAAUUUGUCCUGGAAGACCCAAACCCGGAUUUGUACCGAUUUGAUGGCAGAGUCACUGUGGAGGGCAAAACCCUCCCCUUGACUCUCAAUGAGGUUGUGUACCGAGGCAGCACCAUUCGAAAUACAAAGUCUGUGCUAGGCAUUGUCAUCAAUACUGGCGAAGAAUGCAAGAUCCGGAUGAAUGCAAAUCAGCACCCCAAAGCAAAGAAGCCAGCCAUCGAAAAGAUAACCAACAAGAUUGUCAUUACCCUGGCUUUCUAUGUUAUCGUGCUCUCUGUAGGGUGUUCCAUGGGUUACAUUAUCUGGCGGAGGUCGACGGAAGCAAACUCGUGGUAUCUACAGGAUGCUACCGUGGCAUUCAAGGAGAUCAUCAUUGGCUUUGCGAUUCAAUUCAACAACGUCAUUCCGCUUGCCUUGUACGUCAGUCUGGAGAUUGUCAAGCUGGGACAGAUGUUGAUGCUCAAUGGCGAUAUUGAGAUGUACGACGAAGCCACGGACACGCCUGCUAGAUGUAAUACGAACACCAUCCUGGAGAACCUGGGCCAGAUUAGUUAUGUUUUCUCGGACAAGACGGGAACACUAACGGAGAACGUCAUGAAAUUUCGAAAACUCAGUAUUGCCGGCACAUCAUGGCUGCAUGAAAUGGAUCUGCAACCAGAUCGUCCCAGCUCCAAAGCCGCUACCGAAGUCCAGAUGAGUGCAGCUAUACCUGCCACCAGAAAGUCCCGAGAGGUUACGCGACUCAUACCAGAGGAAGAGGAAGAAGACUACCCGCCUCUGGCUUCACCAGUCACAAUUACUGUAACGUCGCCGAUUCAAGCAACUAUCACGAAUGUAUCUUCCCAGCAAGGUCGGAGAUCAUCUUCACAGUGGAGAUCUACGGGCCGCCCAGAUCGCCAGCAACCCGACGUCACCACAUAUGAUCUUUUGGACUUUAUCAGAACAAGACCCGCCGCUCCAUUUGCUAGAAAAGCGCGAGAUUAUAUUUUGUGCAUGGCACUGUGCCAUACUUGUCUUCCAGAGCUCAGAGAUGGAGAACUUGACUUUCAAGCAUCGUCUCCGGAUGAACUUGCGCUUGUGAGAGCUGCUCAAGAACUCGGCUACUUGGUCAUACAUCGGUCUUCACAAACGGUCUCCCUGAGAAUCACCCUGGACGACGGCGAUGAGAGAACUGAGGUUUACGAGAUCCUCGAUGUCAUUGAAUUCAGCAGUAAGCGAAAACGCAUGUCGAUUAUUGUCAGGUACCCUGACGGCCGAAUUUGUCUCAUCUGCAAGGGAGCUGAUUCCAUGAUUCUCCCACGUCUUAAGCUGGCCAAUCUGGCGCUUCAGAAAGUCAAUGAGGUUCGCAAAAGUGCGGAUUUGGAACAUGAGAUGCUCCGUCGAAGUGAGCAACUGGAACCACGCAACAGCUUCGGCGGUCGUCCCAGUUUGACACUUUCCCGGAAAAGUAUUGGAGGUCAGCCUCGAGCUGAAUCUUCCCGAACGCGCCCGCCGAUUGAACGCAGCAGAUCCGUCGAGGGCUGGAAAAUCCGUCGUUCGGAGGAUAAACCUAGGCCCUCGCUUGGCGUUCGUACGGUAUCCUUCGAUAUUACCAAGACCUUGCCGUUGCCAAGUGCUUUGCCACCACCAUCACUUGCCGACGACAGAUUUGAUUUCCUGGAUGACCCGUCCAUCAAUGACGAUUCUGCUGUUUUCACCAAAUGUUUCAAGCACUUGGACGAGUUUGCUACUGAGGGUCUCCGCACUCUCCUCUUCGCCAGAAAGUUCAUCCAGGAUAAAGAGUACCAGGGCUGGAAGAAGAUAUACAAUGAUGCCACAACUAGCCUCGUCAACCGCCAAGACAUGAUUGAGGCCGCUGGUGAAAUGAUUGAGCAAUCAUUAGAUCUGGUCGGUGCCACGGCAAUCGAGGACAAACUGCAAGUUGGAGUUCCCGAGACGAUUGAGAAAUUGCGCCGCGCCAAUGUCAAAAUUUGGAUGUUGACUGGCGACAAACGGGAAACGGCCAUUAACAUUGCCCAUUCAGCACGGAUUUGUCGUCCUGGAUCUGAUAUUUUCAUUCUAGAUUCUACAAAGGGCGACCUGGAGUCCCAAAUUCUCGGAAUAGUCGAGGACCUUCAGGCGGGCUGUCUGCACAGUGUUGUCGUGAUCGAUGGGCAUACUUUAGGAGUCGUCGAACAGUCGACAACCCUAAAGGCACUGUUCUAUACUCUCAUACCCACCAUCGACUCGGUGAUUUGCUGCCGUGCUUCGCCAUCCCAGAAGGCAACGAUUGUGAAAGCGAUCCGCAGCCGCCUGCCAGACGCCUUGACACUCGCGAUCGGUGACGGUGCCAAUGAUCUAGCAAUGAUCUCUGCAUCUCAUGUCGGUGUUGGAAUCUCGGGGAAAGAGGGUCUGCAAGCCGCCCGUGUCGCCGACUAUGCCAUUGCGCAGUUCCGCUUCCUCCAGAGGCUACUUCUGGUUCAUGGCAGAUGGAAUUACGUACGUACUGCCAAAUUCGUCCUGGCAACCUUUUGGAAAGAAAUGUUCUUUUACUUGCCUACAGCAUUGUAUCAAAGAUACAAUGGGUAUACAGGCACAUCUCUGUACGAAAGUGCCAGUUUGACUGUUUUCAACACUCUUUUUACUUCCCUUGCUGUCAUCAUCCCUGGUAUAUGGGAACAGGAUCUCAGCGCAGAGACUCUGCUCGCAGUGCCCGAGCUCUAUGUGUAUGGCCAGCGCAACAUGGGUCUGAAUGUGAGAAAAUAUCUGACCUGGAUGAUUGCUGCUGCCUCGGAGGGUGUCGGUGUUUGGUUUGUGGUUUGGGCAGGCUAUGGAGGCUUCCUUGGUAUGGUUGGAGAUAAUAAUCUCUACCCCCUAGGAGAACUUGCCUUCUCCGUCGGCGUGUUGUGGAUCAACUACAAACUCUUCAUCCUCGAGACGCACCACAAGUCGGCAAUCGUACUCGUUGGUUUUGCCAUCACCAUUAUUGGCUGGUGGCUAUGGAACAUUAUUCUUUCGGCCGUAUACAAUCGUGGUGUAAACACGUAUGCAGUGCGCAAUGGUUUUACAAAGACGUUUGGCGGCGAUGCGCUUUGGUGGUUCACUCUCAUUGUCACAAUGGCCAUCUUGAUAUGCUUCGAGCUCGGCUUCAAGGCGGUCAAGCGCAAUCUCAUUGUGGGCGGACUAUGGCAAUGGCCACCCUGGAAGAAGAGGGCCCUCGGCGACGCGGCCGAGGAGUGGCAUUUGGAGUUAUGGCAGGAGCUUGAACAAGAUCCCCUGAUUCGAGCACGAUUGAAGCAAGAGGAAUCUGACGAUUGCGUCGUGUUGGAGGAGGAUGUGGAAAAUGUUGUGGAGAUGCCGUCUGCAACAGGAAAAGACGACAUCGAGAUGAGAAAGAUUACCUGA